UUCAAUAAUUUAAAGUAUUUUUUAUUUGAAUUUUUCUUCGUUUCUUUCUUUUUGUUUUUGGGCUUAUAUGUUUAAAUUUUUCUGGCAUGGGUGUUUUGCCGUGUUUGUUCUGUAAAGGUUGUGUAUUCAUUAAAGUAACAUGCUAUUGAGGUAUAAAUAAUUGAAUUUCGAAGUGGGUGUGCACUGAGCAGAUUCAUGUGUUGUAAAGCUUAUAUUUUAUUUGCCAGCAACUCUGAAUUGUUAUUUUUUGCUUCCAUUGAGCAAAGCCUUUCCAAUUGCUGAAAGUGAUGGUUGCCUUUGGAAAGAAGUUGAAAGACAGACAAAUUCAAGAAUGGCAAGGAUAUUACAUAAACUACAAACUCAUGAAGAAGCGAGUCAAGCAGUAUGCCCAACAAAUUCAACUUGGAGCACUAGAUCGGCGGCAUGUACUCAAGGAUUUCUCACGAAUGCUGGAUAAUCAGAUUGAGAAGAUUGUCCUUUUCUUGUUGGAGCAACAAGGACUCUUGGCAUGCCAGAUAACAAAGCUUGGAGAACAACGUGAUGCUCUUCAGGAGGAGCCUGAAAUAAGCAAAAUAAUUGAAUUACGAGAAGCUUAUAGAGCAUUGGGACAAGAUCUAUUAAAGCUUCUCUUUUUUGUGGAGAUCAAUGCUAUUGGUUUGCGCAAGAUAUUGAAGAAGUUUGAUAAACGCUUUGGCUAUAGAUUCACAGAUUACUAUGUCAAAACUCGUGCAAAUCAUCCUUACUCCCAGCUGCAACAAGUGUUCAAGCAUGUGGGAUUGGGAGCUGUUGUGGGGGCCUUAUCUCGCAAUCUUCAUGAUCUUCAGGACCGUCAAGGGAGUUACUUAUCAAUUUAUGAUCAACCUACCCUUCCCCUCCAGGAUCCAGUCGUGGAUUCAAUAAAUGCAGCUGUUGAUAGGUUAACCAACUCGACAAACUUCCUUAACUUUUUGGGGCAGCAUGCACUCAUUAUGCAAGAAGAGCUGCCUAGCCCUACUGAGGAACAUGUUGAUGAUCAACGAUACCAUUUUAUGUCUCUUCUCCUGAACCUGGCAAACACAUUUUUAUAUAUGGUCAAUACAUAUAUUAUUGUCCCAACAGCAGAUGAUUACUCUAUGAGCCUUGGGGCCGCGCCAACAGUUUGUGGGAUUGUGAUUGGGGCAAUGGCUGUUGCACAAGUGUUUUCAUCAGUGUAUUUUAGUGCAUGGUCAAACAAGUCAUACUUUAGGCCUCUUGUAUUCAGUAGCAUAGUUCUUUUUCUUGGAAAUAUCUUGUAUGCCUUGGCAUAUGAUGUUAGUUCAAUAUGGAUUCUCUUAAUUGGUCGGCUGUUAUGUGGAUUUGGUUCUGCCAGAGCUGUUAACCGGCGAUAUAUCAGUGAUUGUGUGCCGUUAAAAAUCCGCAUGCAAGCAUCAGCAGGUUUUGUUAGUGCUAGUGCUCUUGGAAUGGCUUGUGGUCCUGCAUUAGCUGGCAUACUGCAAAUUAAUUUUAAAAUUUCCAAGCUUACAUUUAAUCAGAAUACCUUGCCUGGGUGGGUUAUGGCUGUUGCUUGGCUGAUAUAUCUUGUAUGGUUGUGGAUCACUUUUAAGGAACCUUCUCGUGAAGCUGAAGAGGAUCACUCCCCACAUCAAUCAAAUGAUGAAGUAAACAAUGCACUUGAGAAAGGCUUAAAACAACCAUUACUGAUUAGUUCAGAGAAUAAGGUAGAUGAAGAUGCUGACCAAGAUUGUGAUGAUAGUGAAGAAGCACCAGAGGAAUCUCGCCAGCCAGUGAAUUCAAUUAGAAUGGCAUACAGACUCCUUACACCUUCUGUAAAGGUUCAAUUAAUAAUAUAUUUCAUGCUCAAAUAUGUAAUGGAGAUUUUGCUAUCGGAAUCUAGUGUCAUUACAACAUACUACUUCAACUGGUCAACAAGCACAGUUGCAGUUUUUCUUGCUUGCCUUGGCUUGACAGUUCUUCCUGUAAACAUUGUUGUUGGAAGCUAUAUAAGCAACAUGUUCCAGGACAGGCAAAUUCUGUUGGCAUCAGAAAUUAUGGUUCUCAUAGGCGUUCUACUGAGUUUCCAAGUAAUCAUUCCAUAUUCUGAGCCACAAUACAUCUGUUCGGGUCUCCUUUUAUUUGUUUCUGCCGAAGUACUUGAAGGUGUCAACUUGUCACUGCUUUCGCGAGUAAUGUCAUCGAGGCUUUCUCGUGGAACCUACAACGGUGGACUUUUGUCUACGGAGGCAGGGACACUUGCUAGGGUGGUUGCUGAUGCAACUAUUACCCUUGCCGGGUACGUUCGUCAGAGUAUGCUCCUUAAUGUGACCCUCCUUCCUUCACUCUUCAUCUGUGUAACUUCCAUCCUUGCAACAUGUUUUACGUACAAUUCUUUAUAUUGAUUUGUCUGAGGCUGAGAUUGAGAUGAAAAGAGGAGAAUGCUCUUCAGCAAAACCUCAGUCUCUUCACCACUUGGCUCUGUAUUCUUUCCUACAUUCAAUAUUUUUUAUCAUUGAAGUUUUCAAUGGCUCCAUAUAGUUGGAAAAGUAGCUAGGCUCAACAUGUAGGUAGGCCAAAUGUGUAUUUCUUUAUGGUAUGGAUUCCUCUUUUGUCAUUAUCAUUUUGCUGUAGAGAUGGGUUACUUUGUUGUCUUUUGUUAAUAGAUCCAGAAUGUAUGAACGAAAUGAAAUGCUUAUUAUUAUCCCUUGGCGUGCCAUUCAUUUUAA